CUCCGGCUCUUUUGGCACCAUUCAACAGCAUACUUUCCCUUGACUUUUUUUUAUUUUUUUAAAUCCAGUUGUGUGACGUGUGUGAGGAGUUCCUGCCCUUGUUUCGUGCAGCAGCCUAUAGUUUAGAGGGAAGGAGAGGGAUCCAGGGAGAGGCCGACACUUACACGACCUGUCAAAGGGAGGAUGAAUUGAAGGUGUAAACAAGAGGAGCUGUUGGCGUUUUGGCCUGAGCGUGAGCGCUUGUCCUUACAGGGGAGCCAGACGAGGAGGAGGAAAGACGGGGAGAAGCGACUAAGGCUGAGCGAAAGUGAGAGAGUGACUGACGGAGAGAGAAGAAGAUAAGGUGCCUCAUUCUGUCGCCCAUGGGCAAAUGUGGAUGAGAAGUUACAGUUGAGGAGUCGGUCUGACACUGGAGGAGGAGCACCAGCCCCGGGGGGGAACCAUCAGCUCAUCCUUCUUCUAGCAACAACAGGACAGGAUGAGGUACCAAGGCAGGGAGGUGGAUGUUGAAGGAAGAGUGCGUCUGGUGAUGGAGAGCGCCCUGACUGCCCGGGACAGGGUCGGGGUGCAGGACUUUGUCUUGCUGGAAAACUACAACAGUGAGGCAGCCUUCAUAGAGAACCUGCGGCGACGCUUUGGAGAAAACCUCAUCUACACGUAUAUUGGCUCAGUGCUGGUGUCAGUGAACCCUUACAAAGAGCUGGAGAUUUACUCCAAGUCGCAGAUGGAACGCUACAGGGGGGUCAGCUUCUACGAAAUAUCCCCUCACAUUUACGCUUUGUCAGACAAUGCCUACCGGGCCAUGCGGACUGAGAGGAAGGAUCAGUGUAUUCUCAUAUCGGGCGAGAGCGGAGCAGGUAAAACAGAAGCCUCUAAGAAGAUCCUCCUCUACUACGCCGUCACCUGCCCCACCAAUGAUCACAUGGCUGCCCUUGGAGACCGCCUACUCCAGUCCAACCCUGUUCUGGAGGCAUUUGGCAAUGCCAAAACACUGAGGAAUGACAACUCCAGCCGGUUUGGAAAAUACAUGGAUGUCCAGUUUGACUUCAGGGGGGCACCAGUAGGCGGUCACAUCCUAAACUACCUGCUGGAGAAGUCUCGUGUAGUGCAUCAGAACCACGGCGAGAGGAACUUCCAUAUCUUCUAUCAGCUUCUGGAUGGAGGGGAUGACGGCCUGCUUAACAUGCUGGACCUUGAAAGAAACCCUCAGAGCUACCAGUAUCUGGUCAAGGGAAACUGUCCCAGAGUCAGCUCCAUCAGUGACAAGAAUAAUUGGAAAGUUGUGAUGAAAGCGUUGUCUGUUAUUGGCUUCACUGAAGAAGAAGUGCAGAAACUGUUGAAUAUCAUCGCCAGUGUUCUCCAUCUGGGAAACACUCAGUUUGGGGAAGGGGAAGAAGGAGAAACUUAUAUCACCACGGAGACUCAGAUAACAAAUCUUGCAAAGUUGCUGGGUGUCGAUGGCUCGACCCUCAGGGAGGCUCUCACUCACAAGAAACUCACCGCAAAGGGAGAAGAGAUGAUCAGCCCACUAAAUUUUGAGCAGGCAGUGUCUGCCCGCGAUGCCUUAGCCAAGGCUGUGUACGGUCGGACCUUCACUUGGUUGGUGGAGAAGAUCAACCAAUCACUUGCUCUUAAGGAUGAAAUCUACCACAGCAGCAAAGGCUCCUCAGUUAUAGGUCUUCUAGAUAUCUAUGGCUUUGAGGUACUGCAGACCAAUAGUUUUGAGCAGUUUUGCAUCAACUACUGCAAUGAGAAGCUCCAACAACUGUUCAUUGAGCUCACCCUCAGAUCUGAACAGGAAGAGUAUGAGACAGAGGGAAUUGCAUGGGAGACAGUGGAGUACUUUGACAACAAGAUCAUUUGUGACCUGAUUGAGGAGAAGCACAAAGGCAUCAUCUCCAUUCUGGACGAAGAGUGUCUGAGACCUGGAGAGACUUGUGAUGUCUCCUUUUUAGAGAAACUGGAGGAUUCACUGGGCAGCCAUGCCCAUUUCGUCACUCACAAGUUGGCAAAUGGAAAAACUCGCAGGGUAAUGAGUAGAGAGGAGUUUAGACUUCUGCAUUAUGCUGGUGAGGUCAACUACAACGUCAAUGGUUUCCUGGACAAGAACAACGAUUUGCUGAACAGGAACCUGAAAGAGGUCAUGUGCCAGUCAGACAACCAGAUCCUAAGUCACUGCUUCCACAGAGAGGAAGUGAUAGACCAGAAACGCCCAGAGAUGGCUGCGACACAGUUUAAAAAUAGCCUGAUGAAACUGAUGGAGAUCCUCAUGUCCAAAGAGCCAUCCUAUGUGCGCUGUAUCAAGCCUAAUGAUGCCAAGCAGCCAGGUCGGUUUGAUGAAGUUCUGGUUAGGCACCAGGUGAAGUAUCUCGGCCUGAUGGAAAACCUGAGGGUGAGGAGAGCUGGCUUUGCCUACAGACGCCGCUUUGAAGCCUUCCUACAGAGGUAUAAGCCACUGUGUCCUGAGACAUGGCCCAACUGGCAUGGCAGACUCGUGGAUGGUGUAUCUACACUGGUCAACCACCUGGGCUACAAAGCAGAAGAGUACAAACUGGGCAGGUCAAAGAUUUUUAUCCGAUUCCCGAAAACUCUCUUCACCACAGAAGAUGCACUCGAAGCAAAAAAACCAGAUAUAGCUCUGACCCUGCAGACAUCAUGGAGAGGCUACAGGGAGAGAGCCAAAUACCAACGCAUCAGAAGUGCAGUGAUAGUGAUCCAGUCUGGGUGGCGAGGGAUGAAAGCACGCAGGAGGGCUAAGAGGCGUCGACAGGCUGCUGAUUUAAUACGCAGGUUCAUAAAAGGCUUCAUUUACCGUCAUGAGGAAUACUGCCCUGAGAAUGAGUAUUUCCUGGAUCAUGUACGCUACUCCUUUCUCAAGAAUCUAUGCAAAAACCUGCCCAAGAGUGUUUUGGACAAAAGCUGGCCCACACCUCCUCCCUCCCUCGUUGAGGCCUCUGAGCACCUGCGGAGGCUACACAUGCGGAACAUGGUAACAAAGUACUGCAGGAGGGUGCAGCCUGAGUGGAAGAAGCAGAUGCUGCAGAAGGUUGAAGCCAGUGAGAUCUUCAAGGAUCAGAAAGACAGCUACCCACAGAGUGUUGGCAGGUUGUUUUUGGACUCCAGGCUGGAAUGUGAGCAAAUCAAUCUCAAAGUGGUCCAAACGCUCGGCAAUGAAAAAGUACAGUACGGUGUUUCAGUCACGAAAUAUGACAGGAGGGGAUUCAAGCCUCGCCCUCGGCAGCUGCUCCUCACUAACACCUUUGCUGUGCUGGUGGACAGGACCAAGAUCAAGCAGAGGAUGGACUACACAAGUCUUAGAGGUAUCUCUGUGAGCUCCCUCAGCGAUGGGAUGUUUGUUCUGCACUUGCCCAGUGAGGACAAUAAGCAGAAGGGUGAUGCAGUGCUCCACUGCCACCAUGUGAUUGAGGUGGUGACAAAACUCGCCAUGAUGGCCAACAAGACCAGCUAUGUCAACAUCAGCCCGGGCAGUAUCAGAUUUGCUGUGGCUCGGGCUAAGGAAGGAAUCAUUGAUUUCGUCAGGGGCUCAGAGCUGAAGGUGGCCAAAGGCAAAAGAGGACAUCUGCUAGUGACUGCCCCUCAGAUCAACACCACAUGAAGAAACAGGAAGCAGGUUUCAUUGGGAGGACCAGGCAAAUGGUAAUCCUUUAACUAACUGGAGGAUUGCCACUCAGAAGUUAUUAUUUGUUAGUUUGCAGCAAACAGGAUGAUACCACAAGGGUACACAACAUACUCAAGAUCUCUUAUUGAUUCAUAGACAUCACAAUUACUACAAGAUUGUCUUCAAUGUUCAAUAAAUACUGAUAUUAUACCAAUAUUUUUUCAAGAAAUCAUAACAUGAAGUCACCACAGCUUCAAAUGCUUCAUCUCUUUAUUUUCAUUCAUACACAAAUGUUUUUUUCACUUCAUCAAAUAUAAAAUAUGUAAAACACUGUAUUUCUGUAUUGUAAAAGCAAUAAAACAAACCACUUUAAAAUAAAUAACACGUUAAUAAAUAUGUCAAUAAAUAGUAAAUAUAUGUGGAAAGUCCAGUAUAUGGAGGGCUUUGGGCAAAAACAGGAUGUUGGAAAGUGCUCAGUCUGUUGCAUCAGCUUAUUACAAACUUACAGUUAGAGGUUAGACAGAAACUCCGGGAAAUACCCAAGAAACCUGUUAAAUAUGCUGUUAAACAUCUUGUAA